CAAAAGAAAGCCGCAGCAAGUUGCUGUUGACGAAACCAAAAACAAAAACCUCCACAACCUCCGUUUCCACGCGCACACAAAUGGAGUCGUUCUUGCGAGCCUGGACUGGUCAGGACCCAAACCCUGACGAUUACAGCAACAUUCAAUUCUGGUCCAACCCUGAGAGGUCCGGUUGGCUCAUGAAGCAAGGCGAUUACCUCAAGAAUUGGCGCCGCCGCUGGUUCGUCCUCAAGCAAGGCAAGCUCCUUUGGUUUAAGGACAACCGCGUCCUCAGCUCCUCAAUUCCUCGUGGCGUCAUUCCCGUCGGCAACUGCUUGACUGUGAAAGGUGCUGAAGACGUCCUCAAUAAGCCUUUCGCCUUUGAGCUUUCUACAAGCCAAGACACCAUGUUUUUUAUCGCCGAUUCUGAGGUGGAGAAGGAAGAGUGGAUCAAUUCGAUUGGGAGGUCCAUUGUGCAGCACUCCAGGUCUCUCACUGAUUCUGAGGUCGUUGAUUACGAUAGCAAGCGGUGAUUUUGAAUAUACUUGCUUCUGUUUCUUGUAUAAACAACUACUCUGCUUCUUAUUGUCGUUUGGUAUCUUACAUAUUAUGCGUGUGUGUUUCACGUAUGAAAUUUUCUGCUUUCUUUAAUUGGAGGGUUUUUUUUUUUUUCUUGUGCGAUUUUGCUGUUUGUUGAGGAUUGCUCUGAUCCCAUUUGCAUUUUUCUUCUUUUUGAUUUAGUUUUUUUGGACUCGAUUAUGUUUGUUUCUUUUGUUUUGCAAUUUAAAUACGCAUUUUGUUAUUGAA